GUUUCAUUAUGAGCUCAUUAUUGACUUUAAUAAUUUGCGAUGUUAAACGAGUACCAAUUCCAACAAGUCUAAGGCGAUGUUUACGAAAAAGGGAUCAAAGCUUGCCUUUGACGGACGAGCAAAUUAGCACAUCUUGUUUGCUACAAUUUCAGUGGUCGAAUCGAAAACCAUGUGGCAAGGUGUCAAAACAAACCUUCGAUUGGCUUUCGUCACUUGUCGAAAAAUCACAACAGCGACCAAGUUUAGCACCAUUGCAGGGAAGUGGUAAUUUUAUGAAUAAACCUAAACCACAAACAACAUUGAUGUCAAAACCAGCGGGUUUACAACAACAAACGUCAACGACACCCUUUCAACCACAACUGUCAACAACUACGUCAAAAUCACAAAGGACAGCGUCGCAACCACGACAGCGCAGAGAAUACAGAAUGCUUACUGACCAGGAAAGGGAUGAUUAUCAUAAGGCCAUUAAUGACUUAAAAAAAGACACUAGUGUUCGGCCAAAUAAGUAUGAUGCUUUUGCUGAAUAUCACCAAAAUACAAGAUAUAAUGCUCAUAAUGGAGUAGGUUUUGUUGGUUGGCAUAGGUAUUUCCUAGUUAUGUAUGAACUUGCAUUGCAAGAAAAGAACCCAAAUGUCAUGCUGCCGUACUGGGAUUCGACAUUGGAUGAGGCGAUGGGUGUUAAAUCGAGUGACACUGUUAUUUUUACCGAAAAGUUUCUUGGAAACCCACACGGAUCUGUAUCAGUGCCUUUCCAAGGAUGGAUAAGAAAAAUAAUGAGACGAGUGGGCAGUGGUCCGGCUACUCUAUUUAAAAGAACAGAAUUGACAACGCUAUUUAAUGACCGUAUAAGCUACAGUAAAUUCUUGGAAAGAUUUGAAAUUUUGCAUAACCGUGUUCAUGGUUGGGUUGGUGGCGACAUGAACAAUUUAGACAUAUCUCCUUUCGAUCCUAUUUUCUACAUGCAUCAUGCUUUUAUUGAUUGUAUGUGGGAGAUUUAUAGAGAUCGUCAGAAGCAAGAGGGACAAAAUCCGGAAAACUACCCAGACGAUAUUUUGCACAGUCUGGCGCAUCAAUCAUCAACCUUAAUGGCAAAUCUGCCACCAUUUAACAAUGUUAAUCUUACGAAUGCUGAUGGUUAUAAGAAUUUCUGGAUGGAGACUUAUUAUACUUGUGCACCUCAACCAUCGUGUAGCGCCCAGCAAUCAAAAUGUGGAUCAAAGUGGCUUGAUUGUGACAUUUUUGAAGGAAAAUGUGUUUCUAAAGGAUCAGCAGCUGCCUUACCUCGCGUUACUCCAGGAGACGUUUUUGAAAUACACAACAGAAGGUUUCCAACCUCUUCUGUCAAUAACGGAUUCAAUAGAAAAUUGCCAUUGCCUCAAGGCAGAAAGUUGAAUUUUCAAUCAGGCGCAAGUGGUCGGCCAGGACCUACAGGUGUGUCUACAGGUGUAUCUGGUCGAAAAAUAACAGCUGAGGAAUUUUUCUCUGCAUUGAAAACAUUGAAAAAGCAGUCUAUUUCUAUCUCCAAUACACCAAUUUUUAGAAACCAACCAGGGGCACCUGGAAAUCCUGGAAGUCCUGGUAUUUCCUCUAGUAUUAAAACUCCACAUAGUUCUCAACAAAUGCCUUCUAUUGACGAACUUAAAAUACCAAAAUUCCAAAAACCAUGCGCUGGGAAUCCAAUACAGAACACGUUUAGAUUAGAUUGCGGAGUAGGAAAACGUUUGUGGGUAUUUGUUCCAGUCAAAGUUGUCAAUCUACGACAUGGUGAUACAGUUUACCCGUCAUAUCCAGUAAACCUUGAAGGGCGUACACUGAAUGAUUCUGAUUUGUUUUCUGAUGGACAACCAUUAGCAUUUGCUUCAAAUUUGCAUUCUAAAGCACGUUCCAAAAAGAAGUCAUGCAUAUACGAUAAAUCUGGUUUGUUUAAAGUUAGAGUAUCAUCAUAUGGAUUAAAUUACUAUGGAAUAUAUGAAGACACAGUCUUUUUGGACAACAAACGCUCAGUUUCAACAGAAAUUUCGUAUAUCGGUAUCAAAAAUCCGGAACAAAACGCGACGAAAGUUUUUAUUACUGCGGUAGAUGAAUGUGGAAUUGCUUGCCAACCGAUGAUUUUGAUUCCAGGUCGUCAAAAGCGUCGUUUCUUUCGAUACAGAAAAAGUCCAGGAGCUAUUGAAAUAACAGCAAAGGGUAAACAAUAUUACAGUAAUACAUAUAGAGGUGCUGAGUCCUUGGUCUGGAGUUCAGCCAAAUUUUCUGUUCCUCAACAAGAUGAAAACCAGAUUCCGAUUGUUUUUGUUUGUGACUAUAGAAAGAAAAAUCCAUGGUCGUGAGAGAAAGGAAAUGGAAACUUUUCUCAUGUCACUCUUUUAAAACUGUUUCCCAUGUUAAUCACUGUUGAGAGCUCAUUCCUUACUCAAUAUUAUACUUCUUCUCAUUAGAAUUCUCUUCUAAAGAAAGAUAAGAUUUGGCAAAUGUUUGGAAUGUUCGUUAAUAAAAUAAAUAUUCGUAGUUUA